AAUGACCUUAAGUACCAUCCCUGUGCAUUGUAUAAAGCCCGUAACAUCUCUUGAGGAAUAAAUAUUUAGGCUAGCAUCUGAAAUGAGACCCAAAGACUUGGCAUGCCUGGAGAAAUGUUAAACUCUUUCCUUUGAUCUCCUACCCAUCCUUCCUUUCAAAAGCACUUGCUGCUUCACAAGUGCGGUUAAGUAUGGCACAGAGGGGCUGCUGCUGUUCAAGAAAUCUUGAUCCAAGCUGUACACAGAGCACGUUGCAUGACUCUUCGCGCCCCGCUUUGCAUCCGAAGCAAAUGGCACCGCUUCCUUCUGUACUGCUUGAGAAGGGCGGUGGGCGGAGCUGGCGCCGGAACCGCGCCCGUCGCGCUGCCCUCCGCGCUCUGUGCCUCCUCCAGUCGCGGCGUGGGCCCUACCUUCGUCACCGUCGGGCGGGAAAGGGCGCUUCCUGCGGAGUCGCAGAAUGAAGUACUGCUGCCGCCGCCGCCGUGGAGCGGAGCUCUCUGCCAACAUGACCGUGCCCUUUGUAGAGGAAUGGGACCUCGUCCAGGCCCUUGGAGAAGGUACUUAUGGAGAAGUUCAGUUGGCGGUGAACAGGCGCACUGAAGCGGCCGUCGCAGUAAAAAUUCUGGACAAGAAGCUUGCGAUAGAGUGUCCGGAGCGGAUUAAGAAGGAGAUUUGCAUUAACCAAAUGUUAAAGCACGAGAACAUUGUGAAGUUCUAUGGCUAUCGGCAGGAAGGCACCGUCCACUAUCUCUUCCUGGAGUACUGCCGUGGGGGAGAGCUCUUUGACCGAAUAGAACCCGAUAUGGGGAUGCCUGAAUCUGAAGCACAGAUAUUCUUCCACCAGCUUAUAGAUGGUGUCAGCUACUUGCACAGUGUAGGAGUAACACACAGGGACAUUAAGCCAGAGAAUCUUCUGCUAGAUGAGAAAGGUAAUCUCAAAAUCUCCGAUUUUGGGCUAGCAACUGUGUUUAAAUACAAUGGCCGGGAACGAUUGCUGAGCAAAAUAUGUGGCUCGCUCCCCUAUAUUGCCCCCGAAGUCCUGAAAGGAAAAGAAUUCCAUGCUGAGCCUGCUGAUGUUUGGUCAUGUGGAAUAGUACUCACUGCAAUGUUGGCAGGAGAAUUGCCAUGGGACCAGCCUAGCGAUUUUUGUAAAGAAUAUCGUGAUUGGAAAGAAAAGAAAACAUAUCUUUCGCCAUGGAAGAAAAUAGCGUUAUUGCCACUGGCUUUACUUCUCAAAAUAUUAACCGAGAACCCUGCAUCAAGGCCUACUACUGUAGAAAUAAAAAAGGACAGGUGGUACAACAAACCUUUAAAGAAAGGCAUAAAGCGUCCUUGGGUCUCCUCAAAGGGGGACUCGGAUUUUCCUAGAGAUUCUAAGCACAUUCGAUUAGAUAUGGGCUUCUCUCCCGUGAAAAGUACACCAGGUGAGGAUAAAAAGACAUGUUCCUAUUCCCAGCCCGACCCAAGCACUAGCCUUACCUUGUGGGACAGCAGCCAAGCCAGUACUGAUAACCUAGUGCAGAGAAUCAUCUUCUCCCAGCAAGCCUGUCCUGAGCACAUGCUGCUGAACUGCCAGUUACUAGCCAGACCAAGUUUUUCACAGGACUUAGUGAAGGGAAUGACCUGUUUCUGUUUGAAGUUGGAUGGUAAUCAGCCCUACAACAUCUUGAAGGAUGUUUGUGAAAAUAUAGGUUACAUCUGGAAGCAAAGCUGCAUAAAUCAGAUCACCAUAACAACCACAGAUAGGAGAAACAACAAACUGAUUUUCAGCGCAAACCUGGUGAAAAGACCUAAGUUCCUGUUUUCUUUGGCUUUGUUUGAACACGGAGACAAUGAGGAAUAUGACACUUGUCUCUCAAUAAGCUCAGAAAUAGUGAGCACGCUUGCUGAGGGAGUCAUGAUGUGGUGGCAAGCCCUGCCUCUGCCCCAGUCGCCAGCCCCUCUGCACCAGCUGCUAAAUGUGCAUGCAUCUGGGUCUGUUACCUCAUUCACAGCACAUCCCACACUGGAACCAUUCAGGCAGUCUAGUCGUCACACCCAGAUCAGAGCAUGGCUUGCCAUCUCAAGCCUGUUUUCUCCCUGUAGGCAUCAACCACACAUACACAACCAUGUGAAUGGCCCUUACUCAUCCACUCAUCCAAGCAAUUAGCUCUUCUAGGGUUAGGGUUCCAGGGCUAAUUAAGCUCUUCUCAUUUCUGUCAUUAAACUAAGCAGGUUCUUAAUUUACCCAGUGAAAGAGAUGGAAUGUGGAGAAACUACAGGUUACACAGCAGAUGCUAUUGCUACAUAUACAGCAGUUUCCCCACAACAGGCACACAUACUGUCAAUGGGGCAGUCAGGAUGGAACUUUAGGGCACAAAUCCAGAGCCCACCUAAACAGAAUAACAAGGAAAUCCAGCAUAUAUAGCAGCACUGACUUACCCCCUUUUACAGUGAGUAUGUACACUAGUAUACACAUUACUAUUGUAGACCUAUCCCUGUAAUACAUUUUGUAGGAAAAGACAUCAUGAACAGGUUGGCAUAAGUCUGUAGAAGCCAUUUUCCAGCAUGAUUGCUUUCAUCAUCUUGCUGUAAUGUCCUUGCACAUUGUUAAUGCACAAAAAAUCAUUGUUGUGUGUCUGCUUUUAUGCACCAAAAAAUUGAAGUUCAUUAAAAGUCUUGUGUAUGUGAUUGCAGCAUUUAUAUUCCUUCAGCCCUAGUGUAAAGGCCCAUCUGUUUACAUAUGACAGUGGCAAAUCAUGGAUUAAUGAAUCCAUGUAUUGCCCAGACACAUGCCUAAUCCAUGUCACCGCCAUUUUGAAUAUGCAGCUUCUAAUUGGCCUGAACAGAAGUUUCUUCCUAAUGCCUAAAACUGGACACUAUGGAACAUUUGUGGAUUAGGCAAGCCAAAUGUAGUCUGUUAACUUAUAUGUUAACAGCUGCACAUGGGGGCAUGUCGUGAGUGGAGCCAGCUGGAGCCGGGGGUCAGAAUAGAUGGCCUGGGAGACCCCUUCUGACUCGGUCUGUUUCUGUGUUCUAUGUUUUUAUGUUAAUUUUGGGUUAUUUAACCCAUGAUUAGACAUCUUAAAACAGCCUCAGAUCAGAGGUUGCAUAUUCAAAGGGACAGUGGCACAUGCACUAAUUAACCCAAGAUUUGCAACUGUUAAAUGUAAAUCAGGUCUAAAUCUGAAGUACUGGUUCUUUCUUCAAAAUGCUGAAAAAAUAUUUCUGGGUUAAUUUU